CGGGGCCCAGCUUUGAUAGUGUCCACUCUUUUACCCAGACUUCCAUGCGUCUUGCCUCGUCACGGCUGCUCCGGAGCGUGAAAUUUGUCGGCAUUUGAUUGGUUUGGGAGAACUUGCAGAAAGCGAAGAAAUAAAUAUUGUUACAAAGGUACUUUCUGCAGUUGGUUUAAGCCGAAGGAUAAAAUGGGUACCAGAGUAUACAUUGGAAGAUUAUCCUACCAUGCCAGGGAAAAGGACGUUGAGCGUUUUUUCAGGAACUUUGGCAGAAUCAGAGAUGUUAUGUUGAAAAAUGGCUAUGGCUUUGUGGAAUUUGAAGACUACAGAGAUGCUGAUGAUGCAGUGUAUGAAUUAAAUGGCAAAGAAUUGUGUGGUGAAAGGUGUAUUGUUGAACAUGCUAGAGGUCAAAGAGGAGACUUCUUCAGAGAACGAGAGCAUGAUCGUGGGUAUGCCCCACGUCGUAGAGGUGGUAGUGGCAGAGACAGUCGCUAUGGGCCACCUACACGCACAGAGUACAGGUUGAUCAUUGAGAAUCUUUCAUCAAGGGUUAGCUGGCAGGACUUAAAGGACUAUAUGCGUCAGGCGGGUGAAGUUACAUUUGCAGACGCACACAAGAAGCACAAGAAUGAAGGAAUUGUGGAGUUUGCCACAUACUCAGACAUGAAGAAUGCUAUUGACAAGUUAGACAGCACUGAAAUCAAUGGAAGGAAGAUCAGAGUAGUGGAAGACAAACCCAAGAGACGCAGUCGUUCAUACUCCAGAAGUCGUAGCAGGAGUCGAAGUCGUUCCAGAUCCCGAAGAAGCCGCUCAAGGAGCCGAAGUAGCAGUCGCAGCAGGAGUGCCAGUCGCAGCAGAUCAAGGAGUAGGAGUGCAGCACGUUCCAAGAAGAUGGACAAAGAUAAAGCGUCUAGAUUCUGCCAGCCCAAAUGCAAAAAGGAUGGCAGGUCUAGGUCCCCUUUAGAUCCAGAGAAUUGUAUUUGA